UCCCAGCCAUUUCCUUGGAACCGGCAUGUCGACGCUGUCUCGGUGGUGGCGAACAAUAAGGCAGGCAACAGCACGUGCGAGAUAGCAAGCGUGAAUACCUGCAUGGCAAAGUAUUGGCCGCCACCAAGCACUAUGCCUGUUCAAAGCAGGCCUUGGCUGCCAUCAAGCCCAGUUCCUGGUCUAAGCGGAGUUUCCGGUCCCCCUAGUCUGGACAGCGUCAUCAUCAGGGGACGUCCGUUCUCGCCGUUACCAAGCCCUAUUCCUGGUCCAGACAGGCCUCCGCAGCCUCCGCAGCCACCAAGCCCAAUUCCUGGUCCACGUCAGCCUCCGCAGCCACCAAGCCCAACUCCUAGUCCACAUCAGCCUCCGCAGCCGCCAAGCCCCAUUCCUCGUCCACGUCGGCAACUCUAUCCAGCGCUGAUGAGUUUGAAGCCUCGGCCAGGUCAGCCUGGGUCACCUCAGAAUCCUGGAACUAUCAUACCUGGUCCAACUCAGAAAUGGUUGGCCUCGGUGUUCUUUAAGGGCUUACUUCCUGCAGCAUUGUUGAGACGAGAGAACCAGGUUUGCAGCAAACGCACCAUCUGCCGAGAAGGAACGUGUUGCCUGGAAACCUCCCACCGACAUAGAACAUGUAGACCCCUGGGAAAACGUGGUGACCGCUGUUCAGAACCAGCUUUAGCGGUUGUGUAUUUUGGCUAUUGCCCCUGUGGUGUACAUGAAGGCGUGUGCUUGGACGGCUUUUGCAGAUAAAGGAAUUCCAGGAAUUAUUCUUCGCAUUUUGGAGUGGGUAGAAAAUAAAUGGGAUUUGAUCUUCAGUGUAA